ACAUUCCUGCGCAAAGAACUCUCGGGAAAACACCGCGGCCGUAAAGUAGUUUUAAAAACCUUCAGACAACAGAAAGGAGAUUCAAAGAAGCAAGAUCCAGGGAAUAUAGGCAUAAGAUGUCUAAAACCCUUUAAAAGAAGAAGAAGAAGAAGAAGUAGUUUUUAAAACCUUCAAACAACAGAAAGGAGAUUCAAAGAAACAAGAUCCAGGGAAUAUAGGCAUAAGAAGAAGAAGAAAGUUGUUUUUGCAUAUUCCUGUCACAUUUAACACACCAAGCAGGCUCAAACCAAAACAAUAAUGAGUGCUCGUCGAGGACCCGAAGAGGAAACAGAGGAGCUGGAUGGUGGCCCAGGACUUGCAUAUAUGCCUUUUGUGGUCAUGGACGAUCUUCUUGAUAAGCUCAAGCUUCUAAAUUAUGACAAAGAAUUUUUACAAGAACAUCGUAUGAAGCCAGUUAACAGACAUUAUUUUGCUAUUGUAACAAAUCCUGGUGAGCAGUUCUACCUUUUUACGUCACUCAGUGCCUGGUUGAUACGGAAGACAGGGAGAAGCAUGGAACCACCUCAGGAAUAUGAUGAUCCCAACUCUACAGUGUCAAGCAUUCUUGACCAUCUCAGACAAUUGGGUGUUACUGUUGAUUUCCCACCAAGCAAGUUAAAGACUGGCUUUGGAGAGCAUGUUAUUUUUGUUCUCGACCGGCUUGCUGAUUUUGCACUGAAAACAGCCAGUUUUGCAUGGAAGAAGCCAGAGUACCCUACAGAGGACACUGGCGGAGAUGAUGGAGACGUAGAAGACGAAGCAGAACUCACACUAGACAAAGUGGAGGAAGAAAUGAUGGCAGACUUUGAAGAUGAAGAAGAGGAAGAAGAAAAUAUUAUGCACAUGGACGAUUUGAAAGAUUUUACUAAACAGAAGGUCAGAAUUGUGCACUGUGCACUUGCUAUAUCAAGGAAAUAA